AUUCACCAGCUGGUGCACGACGCCAGUCGCCGAGCGCUGGAGUCAGACCUAUCUUCGUUGGACGAGGGGUCUGGGGGGACCAAAAGGGAUGCGACGAUCGAAUUGAGGGAGUGUGAUGUACCUACACACCCCUUCACGACUCAGACAGAGAUGAGGAUACUCGAGGCAACGAAGGGAGAGAAACACCAUAAACAACAGGAUCGGAUAGGUUUUUUCGUGGUGGUGGGGAAGGAGAAGGAGAGGAGCACACAUUCGCCUUUGUCUCGUCACUACACCGUCGUAACAAAAUACACUUCUCCAACGGUCAGGCUCAAUUGUUUAUCAGGAAAAUUGUAAUAUCGUUUAUCAUUUGUUUACUCAACUUGUGUACGUCCUGUGUAUGUGUUAAAUGCGAGCGUAAGAGAGAGGGAUUGAAAAAUAAAGAAGAAAAAAUAGCCGAGUAUUUUCGCGCCUCAAAUUGACGCGACGUCACUGACAGAACCAGUACAGGACAGCGUAAAUUGCUGGUUAUGUUGACCCGCGUACCUAAACUCCCGCAUUUCUCACUGAUGUUUUAUUGUUUUUAGUAAUUUUAUGAGUGAUAUUGCUGGUGAGAUCUGACGAAUAUAGCGAGGCAUUGUUGAAGGGCUUUGUUGGAGCCCAUCCGGAGGUAUUCUUGGAUUCCAUGGUUAUUCAGACCUGUUUUUCUACUUUAAUUUUUGAGAAUUUUUUCGUGACUUUUUGAUCGCUAAUUGGGAGUGAGGAGGUGUAAAUGCACAGACAACGGGCAAAAUGGAUCCAUCGAUGUUCGUUGCUUAUACCCCUCAGACAAAUGUAGUUCCCUUGGAGUCUAAACUUGCUACUUAUAUGAAUCGUCAGAGUCCCGCCACGACAUUGAAUGCGAGCACAGUAACGAAGCAUCUGUCAAACUUAUCCCUAGAGUCCAGUAAGAAAGCCGCAGCAAGUCCUGAAUUUGUGCCAGGGCGAGGGCUGACUGGAAGCAAUAGCAGCUCGCCAAACUUAUUUGGUAAUUCUUAUCAUUCCCAGGAGAAUGUGGGAGGUACAACGUAUUUUUAUGUGGGUAAUGCCACUGGGGAUCAAGUUUCCAAUGACGACGGCACUGAAGUUAUUGGUCCAGGGCAGGUAGGUUACGUAUAUCCAGGUACACCGAGCCAUUUGCAAACGGUGAAACCAACAAAAGUAACCCCAUCAAACAGCUCAUCAGCCCCGUCCACCCCGCCACCCCAGGUCAAUCCAAGCUUCUUCGUCAGUGCUAAUCUGCGUAUGGACAUACUACACAAAAAUACCCUGACUCUUACGCAACCUGAUCCCUCACAAUUUCCUGAUUUACCAACUGAAGUUGAUAAUUAUCACGAACUAUGCCCGCUGGAAGCUAUACACAGACCAGCAUCGACUGUCCUUGGGUACCAGACGUCAACGUACAAAGCAACAAGUCUAAAAAAUGGAGUUCGUUACUGUUUACGCCGGGUUCAUGACUUUCGCCUGGGUAACACGAAGUGCAUGGUACUUGUUGACAUGUGGAAGCGCAUAUCGCAUACAAAUUUGGUUCAAUUGCUGGAGGUAUUCACGACCAAAGCCUUCGGUGAUCAUUCCAUGGUAUUCGUUUACGACUACCAUCCUGGGGCUGAGACUCUUCUGAGUAAACAUUUCUCAGCCUCAGAAGUCAAUGGGUAUGCGGAUCCCUUCAUGGCUGAUCCCAGUGCACCACGUCCAUACAGUCAUACCAAGAAUACAAUACUCAGACAACAGCAUAAUAGUAUGUUACCAGAGAGUGUUAUUUGGAGUUAUAUUAUCCAACUUACUGCUGCACUACGAGUUGUCCACGCUGGUGGUGUGGCUUAUCGCUGCUUAGAUCCAACCAAGGUCCUCUUAACAUCACGGAGUCGUUUACGUCUCAGUUGUGCGGCUGUACCUGACGUUGUGACAUUCGAUGGAAAUGCAGCCAAUCCAUUGUCACUCAUCCUUCAUUAUCAACAAGAGGAUUUAAUUGCUCUGGGUAAAUUAGUACUAGCACUGGCCUGUCGCAGUCUACUUGCCGUCCAUCGUGACAACAUCCAAGCGUCGUUAGAACUCGUCGCACGUACCUACUCAACUGAUCUCCGUAAUUUUAUUCUGUACUUGCUCUCUGAUCAAGCACGAAAAAGUGUGACAGACCUGAUGCCAAUGAUUGGCGCACGUUUCUACACGCAACUCGAUGCUGUGCAAUUAAGAUCUGAUAUUCUGGAGAAUGAACUUUCCAAGGAGCUUGAAAAUGGUAGACUCCUCAGGUUACUCGUUAAACUUGCAACAGUGAAUGAGAGGCCUGAACAUAAUAUGGACGUCACUUGGGCUGAAACCGGUGAUCGGUACAUGCUCAAAUUGUUUAGGGAUUACGUGUUUCAUCAGGUCACUGCUGAUGACAAGCCAUGGCUGGAUAUGGCUCAUGUUGUAUCGUGUCUCAAUAAGCUUGACUGUGGUUCACCCGAUAAGAUUUGUCUCAUAUCAAGGGACGAGCAAAGUGUAUUAGUGGUGAGUUACGCGGAAUUGAGACAAUGUAUGGAGAAUUCCUUCGGUGAACUGGUGCAAUCAUCGAAGGAGGCCGCUUAAAUGAAGUAAAUUUAAAACGAAACAAAUCAUCACAAAUCACCACAAGAAAAUGAAAAACAAAGCGGGUUGAAAUGUAAUUCAACAAUGUGAUAUGAACAUUUAGCGGUACUAUUUCAUUAAAAGUUUAUCAGUCUACGAGUUUUGAGGGUGCGAAUUAACACGAAUGAAUUGAAAUAAUUCACGAAGGUUAUUGAACCUUUGUCUCGUCGUGUCAAGUGAUUUUUGCCAAGGAGUCUGAAUAUUUCUCAUUAUUAAUUUUCUUUUUUCAUUGUGUAUGAUAAUAGUACCAUGGCGCGUAAAUAUUAUGAUUAAACAUCACGUUGAGUCAUUCAAUUUAAGGUAAACCUUUAAUGUGAAUUUAAUUGUUGUACAUGACGCGCUGAUAAACGAAAGCAAACACAACAUUCAGAAAAAAAAAAAGGGAAACACUUUUUGGAAACCUACACAGUCAGUGUUAGGAUUAAGGUAUGAGAACGAUGAUAACACAACUGAAAAUUGAAAUCAGCUCGUAAGACAUUCAUUUUGAAAUAAAUGUUUAUUUUUGAAGGCAAA